AUGGCAGAGAGCAAUGUUGAAAAUCAAGCGUUGCCUACUCCAUUAUCACCAUCAGAGGAUGAUAUAGAAAAGGAGGAUAAGAUAGACAUGAUACAAAAUGAUGAUUCAUUAUUGGUAAAUCAAAUAAAGCACGAUCAUCAAGAACAAAAGAACCAAACCAAUGAUAAAUUAAGUAAUGAAGGUGAUAGCAAUGCUGAAAGUGGAAAGACACCUACCAAUGAAAUAAAAGAUCAUCAUCCCCAUACAUCAACACAAGAAAAUGACCAGAGUAAGCCAUCGCAAGAUAACAACCAAAAUCUGAACAGUAGUAGCACGACAUCGAUAUCACCAAAACUCGAUGAAAGUCAACAGCAAAGGCCGCUUAGUAGUCCAGCCAAAGGUCGACGACCACAAUCAUCACCGGUAAGGCGAAAAAAUAAUGCUGUAGUUGAUUCCAGACGUGAAAAAGUCAAACAAAUACGCCAAAAACAAGAAGAGGAAAGGAUUAAAGCAUUAAAAGAAAAGCUCUUACAAAAAGAAGAACAAGUUCGCCAACGUCGGUUAACACUAGAAAGCAAUCGUAAAGAACGCAUACGAAUGAGACAAUUACGUAAGAGUAAGCAAUCAAUUAGCUCAAGUACCACAUCAUUAAAGGAUAGACUAGCGUUAAGAGAUGAAAAAAUUAAAGAACGACGACAACAAAUGGCUGCAUCGGGGGGCAAUAAAUCACGAAUACGAACGGAAAAUAUUAGACAAAUGAAUCAACAACGUGAAGAAGAAAGAAAACGAUUGCUACAAGAACGAUUUGCUGAAAGAGAUUGGAAAAUGAAACAACGAAAAGAACAAGUCGAAGCUGAAAAGCGUGAAAGGCGACAAAAAUUAACUCGCUUCCAACCUGCGACUAGCCCAUCCACGGGGCGUAAGUCACCCAAACGAUUAGAUAGCAAAAUCGAUGCUAACUCCAAGCAGAAUAAGUUACGAGUUCAGUCUGCACCAGCACUACGUAAAUCAAGACCGAAAGGGGAAACUUAUCGCCCACGAACCAGUAGUUCUACUUCACCUCGUCGAACAGGAUAUAAACCACGAGCCGCUUCUUCAACUAUCAACCCAAGAGGAUCCAAAAAGCAAUGGAGACAAUCUUCAUCACCUAAACGCCCCAUUUCAGCAGCAAGUAACACUUUCACUCAGAGUAGUCAAAAAGAUUCAACAACAAAAGCUGAAAGUCAAGUAGAAAAAUCGACAUCGAAAAGUACUAAAACUCGACCAAGUUCUGCAUCACCUCGAAAUCGUAAACCUAUAAAAUCAGCAGUAAUAACUAGCGAUAAAUCAAAACGCCAAUCUCAAUCAGCAUCAACCCAUAAAAAAGAGCAAAAUCAACAAAAUAAUGAAGUGCAGGUUCAUAAAAAACGUACCAAUACUAUCACUACUCCUACUUCGCAACAAAAUAAUAUGCUUAAUGGUAAUAAGAAAAGUAGCGAUACUGCUUCGACUACGCCCCAACAUAACCUAGCUAAUGGGAGCAAGAAAACUACCAGUACUCCUACUACUAGCAAGCAACAAAAUAGCGCAAAUAGUGCUACGAAAGAGAAAUCGACACCCGCUCAAAAGCCGAAAUCGGCACCGAAUAAAACACCUACUAAUAAAACUACCGCUACAACGCCAAAAUCGUCGUCAUCAACAAGUUUAUCAUCACAGUUUAGGCAACCAACCAAUUCGAAACGCAAACAAGGUGAUAAAAAAGAAAAACCUUCCACUCCUUCAUCUACUCCUCUAUCUAAAGAUGAAACCAAUGAAUCAACUGAUAGUAAGCCUAAAGGAAUUAAAGCUGGUAGAGGUAAAGGUGUCUAUAAAAAUCCUUUCGCUGAAAAUACAACCCAAUUAAGCUCACCUGCUCAACCGUCUACAAAAACGACUGAGAGUAAUACGAGUAAAAAUGAUAUCAACAGCAAUGCUACCAAAGAUGAUAAUGUUAAAUCGACCAACCAAGUCACUACUACGAUAGAGAUCAUUGAGAGUACUGCAACUUUUGAUGUUUUAGACAAUGGUAAUAUUGUUUCCAAUGAUGUAAAUAAUGAAGUAAAACGCCAAGAUUCACUUCAAGAAUCUACUACUACACUUGCUAUAGAAAACGAUAAUAGCAGUACUGUUAUUGACAAUGAGAAUAAAGUAGAAAAUGCUAAUCAACCUGUAAUAACCAUCAAUGAUGAAAAUAAUACUGUAAAAGAAGAGGAAAAACGCAAGGAAUUAGAGGAAGAAGAAAAGCAAAAGGAAUUAGAAGAAUUAGAGAGAAAACAAAAGGAAUUGGAAGAAUUAGAAAAGAAACGAUUACAAGAGGAACAAGAACUAGAAGAGAAACGUAAGCAAGAAGAAGAGGAAAAGAAACGAAUACGUGAAGAAACUGAACUACGUAAAAAGCAAGGUGAAGAAGAAAGACAAGCAAGACGGCAGCGUGUAGCAAUGAUAAUGCAGAAAGCACGUCGCUCCAGUAUUGUACCAGCAACUAGUCAAGAAGAGGUAAAUGAAGACAAAGAUACAAAUAGUAGCAAUCCUCCAGCUUCUGAAACUAAUACAACAGCUAGCCCUAAUCAAGAUAUUAGCGAUGCAUCAAGUAAUGUAAAUUCGAGUGAAAGCAAGCCUGAAGUUAUCACAGAAGUUAGCAAUGAUUCUCACGAUCACAAACAAUCUGAAAGUAAUCAUCAGAUAUCGGAACUAGCUUCUAUCGAAGAUGGUAAUCCGAAUGCCAACAUUGGUCAGUUGGAGUCAGCAUCAACUGAAUCCAUGGAAGACAAAAAAGACAUAGAUAAUGAUAUUAGCAAAGUCGAUACAAACUCAAAUGAUGAACAAUCGGACCAGAUUGUAUUGAAAUCUAUUAGCAACGAUGUGAAUAAUAGUGAUGAAGAAGUAAAAAGUGAAAGCGGCCAGCUAAUCUCCGAAACCAUCAAUCUUAAUGAUGUUUCAAAAAUCGAUCUUAUUGCACUAGAGGAUAACGUAGUAAAUGGAAGUGCCGAUAAUGAAGUAGCAAGUGAAGGAAUUACUACCAACACUCUGCAGGAUAAAGUCUACGAAAGAGAGAUGCAGGAAAGCAUAACAUAA